AUGUUAUUAGAUAGUUUACAAACAGAACGAAAGAAUUUUUGUUUUGGAUUUAAGAUGGCGGAAAUCGUAUUCCAAAAACGCAAAGUAGCGACAGUACUCAGCGCGGCGAAUCCUGUAAUAAUACUGCUGAUUGUGUGCUUGCUACAAAUUUGCACCGCACAAGUGAUAAACAGGGCACCGCACUUUGUACCGCAGACGGGUGACAUGUCUCAGUUCAGUUUGUCAGAAGAUACGCCAGUUGGGACACCGGUAUACCAAUUAAAAGGUAUCGACCCAGAAAAUGGUCAAUUAAGGUAUUCGAUAUCCGGACAGUACUUCGGCGUUGACUCUCUGACGGGUGUGGUGACGUUAGCCAAGACUUUGGAUCGAGAGGAACAGGCGACAUUGGAAGUCAUCAUUAGUAUAACAGAUGAAGGAAUUGCGAACACAGAACCAAAUACCGUAUCCCUACGGCGGGUUAUACCAGUUAAAGACGUGAAUGACAACUCGCCUGCGUUUCACAACCGGCCGUACAUUGUCAACGUAAGCGAGGCCACGCCAGUUGGCACCGAAAUUGAGGUGUUUCCAAAGAUUUUGGUUACGGAUCGUGAUGAAGGCGAAAACGCGAAGGUCCAAGUCACCUGUUCUACCGAUGAAAAGGGAAGCGAUUCCGAAGCUUGUUCUACAUUUAAAAUAGUUACUGAUAUGAUAAGUGAGAACGAGUACGAGGUGCGCGUGUUCCUGGCCCGCGCGCUGGAUUACGAGAGCCGGUCAGCGUACGUAGUGAGCCUCGCGGCGCGCGACGGUGGACGUGUACAGCGCGACGCACGUGCGAGCUUGUCAGUGUCCGUACGCGACGUGCAGGACCAGCCGCCGCGCUUCCUCAACGCGCCCUACUCCGCCACGCUGCACGAGAACACCGCGCCCAAUACAAGCAUAAUGGAAAUUAUUGCGAAAGACGGCGAUACGGCGAACCCGCGACCAGUGCUACUUACCUUGGAGGGCGAUUCAAUGCAGUACUUCAAGUUAAUACCAGAGAGACCCAUCGGCCGCGCAACGUUGGUUGCUUCGGAUAUACCGGUUGAUAGAGAAAGUGAUGUCGUUAUGCAAAAUGGCGGAGUUUAUGGGUUUUACGUAAAGGCAACAGAAUUAAUAAAUAACGAAGUACCAUCAGAUUAUACAGUGACACCUAUCACAAUAAUCGUAACAGACGUUGACGAUCAUGUGCCGAUAUUUAAUCAAGACGUAUACGAUGUAUCAAUACCGGAAAACAUUGAAAACGGUAGCCCUAUACCCGGGCUAUCGAUUUACAUUGAAGACAUUGAUAUCGGUCAAAACAGUAAAUAUGAUUUGAAAUUACGCGAUAUUUACAAUUCGAACGGCGUAUUCUCUUUAAGCAUUGAUCAUGGUGAAGGACGAACGCCAGUAAGUAUAAAAGUCAAAGAUUCCUCACGUCUCGAUUACGAUAUAGACGACGAAGACAAGAGAUAUUUUAGUUUCGAUAUCGUCACAUCACUAAAUGAUAUAGAAUUAUCAUCAGCAAGAGUUAACGUUAAACUUCUAGAUGUGAAUGAUAAUGCUCCUUCUUUCGAAGAGUCCAAUUACAAAUUCUAUAUAAUGGAAAAUUCUCCGGUGGGCACUAAAAUUGGUAAUGUUCAAGCAACGGACAAAGACUACGGUAUUUUUGGUGAAAUAGAAUAUUCCUUGACUGGAUUUGGAUCGAAUUUGUUUAAGACCGAUAAAACUAGAGGUGGUCUGUAUGUUGCCAGUAUUUUAGAUUAUGAAACGCAAAAAAGUUACAGCCUUACGCUGAUCGCUAAAGAUGGCGGCGGUAAGGCUUCCAGUACGAGUAUUUUUAUAGAUGUAAUGGACGCGAAUGAUAAUGCCCCCGUUUUUGAGGCUGCGGAGUACAGUAGAACUAUACGAGAUGGAGCUACAAGUUUUGAACCUCAGUUCGUUGUUAGGGCUACAGACAUAGACGGGCCAACACAAGGUGGCGGUCGUGUGCGUUAUACCCUUGUAUCAGACAAUAGCAUCACACGCAAAGGACAGGUAUUUGCAGUGAACGAGGACUCUGGAGAAAUUAGUAUUCUUGACAAAGUGCAAACUAUGGAUACACCAAGAGGGCAGUAUGAGUUGGUUGUGAGAGCUACUGAUUAUGGAACUCCACCCCUUCAUAAUGACACUCGCGUAUACAUCCGAGUGGGUGUUCCCGGCAAUCAACGGCCCACAUUCAAAGGCAACUACCAUCACUAUCACUACACAGUAGGCCACCAACCUGCUCUCAACGAUGAGUUAUCCCUUGAACUCAAUCCUAUGAACUAUCAGGCUGCUGUGAAGGAAAACUCUCCUCCUGGACAUAAAGUAACUACCGUUUUAGCAAACGAUCCGGAUGGUCUGGACGAUUUACUUACAUACCAUAUUGUAUCCGGCUCGAAGGACAAUUUCGUUAUUGAUGAGAAAACCGGUGUUAUAACAAUAUCAAGUGAUGCAAACCUAGACCGAGAUCUAAACCCCGACCGAUAUGAAAUCAUAGUCUCUGCUGUCGACAGCGGUGUCCCUAUUCCAGAAACCGCCACCACUACCGUUUUUGUCACCGUACAAGACGUCAAUGAUAAACCCCCCAAAUUUAACACUACCCAAACUACAACAUAUAUAUCCGAAAGAACUAAAGUUGGCAACGUUGUUACAAAGAUCGACGCUUACGAUACUGAUUCUAACGCAAAAUUAAAGUACAGUAUAGUGGAACCUAUAAAAGCGUUGUCUAAAGCUGGAAUUCAAUUAAAAUCAAACACACCGUAUGACUACAAAACCAUUUUUCGUAUAGAUGAAGACACUGGAGAGAUUUUUGUCAACGGAACGUUAGAUUAUAGCCAAGUGUCAAUUGUGAUAUUGACAGUCAAGGUGACUGAUAUAAAUGCGGAGAUAAACAAAGAAAACCAAUUCGCAACUGUAGAGCACACAAUUUACAUCCAACCUUAUAAUGAUAAAAAUCCACAAUUCACAAACCCAGGUUGGACUAAUUCAAAACCAGUGAUAUACCAUAAAGUGAAGGAAGACCAACCGAUUGGCAGCACUGUGUUAGUCCUAAUGGCUGAAGACCCUGUAUCUGGUCAUCUCAUUUCAAAUUUUAAAGUUAUAAAUUCAGAGACUGGACUCCUUCAAGUGGAUCCAUUGAGUGGACAAGUUGUUUUAACUAGACAUCUGGAUUACGAAGAACUGACUACACCAAAUCUGACGUUAACUGUACAGGCGACUAGUAACGAUGGAAGCAAACAUAGUAAUGCGAAAAUUAUUAUUGAAGUUGUCAAUAUCAACGACAAUCCGCCUAUAUUUGAAAAGGAGUUGUACAAAGUGAGCGUUUUGGAGUCCGUGGGGUACCCGGAACAGAUACUGACUGUGAAAGCAACUGAUGCAGACCUCGUGCUGACUGAUGAAGACAAGCACAAGGGUUACUCCGAAGUGAGAUAUCUCCUGAAGGGAGAGAACUCCGAACUAUUUGUUAUCGACAAUAUUACUGGAAUUAUACAGGUAGCACCGAACAAAACCCUCGACCGUGAGCGACAAUCCGUGUUGCGUUUGGAACUAGAAGCGUUCGACACUCCGGAAGGCGGCUCGCAGCGCUUGAAGACAUCUGCAGCUGUGCUCAUUGACGUGCUGGAUGUGGACGAUAAUGCGCCCACAUUUGAGAAGGAUGUCUAUACUGCCGUUGUGCCAGAAAACGUACCCGCGGGUUUCAGCGUGAUUAAUAUUACUGCUACCGACCCUGAUGAGGGACUCGGAGGCGAAAUUCGUUACGAGUUUCUGGAUGAAGGAGAGGCUAACGGUCUGUUCGUGAUAGAGAGUGCGACGGGCGAGGUCCGCACCCGCGGCGCACUGACGGGGCGCGGGCGCACGCAGCCGUACGUGGUGCGCGUGCGCGCGGUUGACCGCGGCGGACACGACGGCGACGCGCAGCUCGCGCUGUACGUGGGCGACGUGAGCGCUAACGACGGCGUGCCGCGGUUCCUGCGCCCCGCCGCCAGCGACCGCCUGCACGUCACAGAGGUCAGUCAACUGCGUCAGCUUUGUCACUGCAGACGGUGA